CUCGCUCGCUGACUGCCUGCGCACCGGGCCUUGGACAAGUUGUGGAUCAGACGACACGACCAUGGCGGCCACUGCGGUAUCACGCAAGAAGAAGGGUGCUUCGCCCAACAUCUUCCUCUACAUCCCCAACUUGAUUGGGUUCGCUCGCGUUGCUCUCCUCAUCGCCUCGCUCUUCUUCAUGACGAGCAACCCCUAUGUGGCCAUGUCGCUGUACUGGCUGAGUGCGUUCAUUGAUGCUUUCGACGGCAUGGCUGCCCGCCACUUCAACCAAUGCACCAUCUUUGGCUCCGUCUUGGACAUGGUAACAGACAGGGUGACGACGUUGUGCCUGAUGAUGACAUGUGGGCAGUUCUAUCCACAGUACAUGGUCGCCUUCCAGCUCCUUGCCGUUUUGGACAUCAGCAGCCACUGGUUGCAGAUGUACAGCUCCAUGCUCAGCGGCAAGACGAGUCACAAGUUCAUCAAACUUGAGGAGAACGCGCUCCUUCGCUACUACUACACAAAGCCGGUGCUGUUCACGCUGUGCUCCGCCAACGAGCUGUUCUUCAUGGCGCUCUACUUUGCCCACUUCAACAUCAACGGACCUGAAGUUGUUGCGUUCUCGGUUUCGGCCUCUGUGAGGGAGUGGAUCGGGUGGAUCACUUUCCCGCUGUUUGCACUCAAGCACUUGAUCAGCCUUAUCCAACUGGUGGCGGCAGCAAGCAACGUGGCCAAAGUUGACGCCGACAACACAAACUUGCAGAACAAAGCGCGUUAGAUUUGGUGUGGGUCCGACUUUCAAAGUCGCCAAGCUUCCCCAACACGUUUCCUUCCCACAAACCUGCGCCCACCAGCACCUGCGCCUGUUUUGCAUGUACCUCUUCGCAGUGCGUGCGAACACGUUGUGUGUUUGCUUCUCGAGCUGCGUGCAUUUUUUGUGUUCGUUCUUCGCUCGCAGUCCCUCCUAGCAAAGCCCAAACCCGCCAACUGCAAUACAGCCACCCGUCCAACGGUGCUCCGUAUUGCCCCCACUACCCUACCAGUUUGUCCCGCAU